GUCCUUUGAACCGUCGUUUGCUUCUUUAUCAAUCGAUUGCUAUCUGGGUUGGGUAUCAUCAAGGUUUUGAUCUUUUAUCACCUGCUCCUUUGGAAGUUACUUGUAUUAGCGUUUCUGAAUAUCCGAAAAACACUUUAAAAUAGAUUUUUCGUAACGUCACUGUUUUGGUACUAAAGACCACAACAUCAUUUGGUGUUCUUUGGGUUGGUCGACUAUAAUGAGUAGUUUUCAGUCGCUCUGAGUUGACAAUGCAAGUGGUUGCAUGUUGUUCUUCUCCUCACACCUUUUGUAUAAGAACCGCACAACAUAAUUGAAUUGAAAUAUCGACUAAGUGUUGAUUCGCAGCUUCACUGCAUAGCUCUUUCUGGUUAUUCUGUCUGAUAGCAGGUCACUAGGGCAUAAUAAUUUGACAAUGAUUAGAGAGAAACGGUGGACAUCAAAACUAGUUUUUGUGGGCCGAUGACCAAAAUCCGAUUGUGAAUGCAAAGGUUCUUGCAAAAGGCAUUUUGUUUUUACCCUUAUGUAAUAACCUCUUGGAUGGUGGUUCUUGGAUUCUGUUCUCUUGGUGUAGCAGUUGGUAUACUAUGUCAUCCGCUGCUACUAUUUAAGCUCCUAUGAUUCCCAAACUCAUUCUCUCACAGUCUCGGCAUUCAUAGUCUUUAGUCUCUACCUUCUAAAUUACUUAAGAAAUGGCUGCAAAUGAUGUCCCUUGCUGUGAGACUAUGUUCUGGGUGUACCUACUCGUAUGUGUUGCUCUAGUGGUUUUCGCAGGUUUGAUGUCAGGACUGACUCUUGGGCUCAUGUCCCUUAGUAUUGUCGAGCUCGAGGUCAUGAUCAAAGCCGGUGAACCCCAUGACCGCAAAAAUGCAGAGAAGAUUCUGCCCCUCGUUAAAAACCAGCACCUUCUCUUGUGUACACUCCUUAUAGGCAAUGCUUUGGCAAUGGAGGCUCUACCGAUCUUUGUCGAUUCCCUGCUUCCAGCCUGGGGUGCUAUUCUGAUAUCCGUCACUCUCAUACUUGCCUUUGGCGAGAUUAUACCUCAAGCUGUAUGCUCUAGAUACGGACUGAGCAUCGGGGCAAAGCUAUCAUUUUUGGUUCGGUUGAUUAUUAUAGUCUUCUUCCCAUUAUCUUAUCCAAUCAGCAAGCUACUCGAUUUGUUGCUUGGAAAAAGACAUUCCACACUCUUAGGACGAGCAGAGCUCAAGUCACUUGUGUAUAUGCACGGAAACGAGGCAGGAAAAGGCGGGGAACUAACUCACGAUGAAACAACAAUCAUAUCAGGAGCUCUGGACAUGUCACAGAAAAGUGCUAAAGACGCAAUGACACCAGUCUCUCAGAUCUUUUCACUCGAUAUAAAUUUUAAGCUCGACGAAAAGACAAUGGGAUUAAUAGCAAGUGCAGGCCAUAGCCGAAUACCUAUAUACUCUGUAAAUCCUAAUGUUAUCAUUGGAUUUAUUCUGGUAAAGAACUUGAUCAAAGUCCGUCCUGAAGAUGAGACAUCGAUCAGAGAUCUCCCUAUCAGAAGAAUGCCCAAGGUCGAUUUGAAUUUACCUCUCUACGACAUCCUCAACAUCUUCCAAACAGGUCGAAGCCACAUGGCUGCUGUCGUUGGGACCAAGAACCACACUAAUACCAACACUCCAGUCCAUGAAAAGAGCAUCAAUGGAUCGCCUAAUAAAGACGCCAACGUUUUUCUGAGUAUUCCCGCGUUGAACUCCAGCGAAACUAGUCAUCAAAGUCCAAUCCGAUACAUUGAUAGUAUUUCUGAUGAAGAUGAAGAAGUCAUUGGGAUUAUAACUCUGGAAGAUGUUAUGGAGGAACUUAUACAGGAAGAAAUAUAUGAUGAGACGGACCAGUACGUCGAACUUCAUAAAAGGUAUGAUCACCAAUUAUCAAUCCAUACAAUAGACUGCAAUUUACAGUAAUUUCCUACUACAGGAUAACAAUAAACAUGCCAAUGUCGGGAAAUUCGCCGGAAACUGCCACUUGGGCUUCGGAGCUGGCAUCUCCUAUCUCGCCGUAUCGCUCAAGUCUUCUGUCGCCGAGCAUCAUGAUCUCUACGCUGCUGCGGUCACCAAUAAAUUCACCUUACCGUCACUCUCUGUUACUCCGACCAACACUCCACGCUUCUCCACCAGCGCAAUCUCCUUCCAUACUCUCUCCGGACAGUAAUAAUGAGCGUUAUUAUUACUUGUCUCCUAGUAGGGUGUUGAGGAAAUCGUAUGAAAAGCUAUCAAGAUCAAAUGGUUCCUAAAAUUGGAUUAUAUUAUAUGUAGUGUGCAUUUGAAGUGAAGAAAUAAUGAUUUUUCUAAUUUUCUGAACACUAAUUCCAUGUUCUUAAAAUACAAAAUUGAAGAAAAUGUUCCAACGGUAUUAUUUUCAUGAAAUGAAGAAAAAGAUAUAAAGAAGGAU